AACAAAGUAAGAGUACAGUGAACACUCUGCAAACAAAAAAAAAAAAUCAAAAAGAAAGAGUAAUGGCUGAUCUGUCGGAGGAGGACGCGUUCGUCAUACAAACUUCAGACCUGAGGUUCAAAAAAAUUGAAGAAGUACUCGAGAUUCUCAAAUGUGACAGAAAUGGUCUUACUAAAGCAGCAGCCGAACAACGGUUACUCUUGCUUGGUUACAACAGUCUAGAGCAGAGGAAGAUUUAUGUAAUUUUAUAUCUCUGGGUUCUUACAGAUGAGAGUAAGUUUCUGAGAUUUCUAGGGUUCAUGUGGAACCCUCUCUCAUGGGUAUUAGAAGCUGCAGCAAUUAUGGCUUUUGUUACUGCUAUUGGGGGAGGUAAACCAUCGGAUUGGAUUAUAUUUGUAGGGAUUGUAAUCUUACUUCUAAUGAACUCGGGAAUCGGUUUGAUUGAAGAGAUUGAUACUGAAAAUGCUGCUGCUGUUCCUUUUAAAACAAAGGUUCGUCGUGCUGGAGGCUUGGAAGACGAAGAUGCGGUGAAACUUGUUCCAGGAGAUGUCAUCAGUAUCCAGUUUGGUGAUAUCAUCCCUGCUGAUGUCCGUCUACUCGAAGGAGACCCUGUAGUAAUCGAUCAGUAUGCCCUUGCUGGCGAGUGUCUUCCAGAGACGAAUUGCCCAGGGAAUCCAGUUUUUUCUGGAUCAACUUGCAAACAGGGGAAUAUAGAAGCCGUAGUGAUCGCUACAGGACGCCAUACAUGCUAUGGAGAACAUAGAUAUCUAUUAGAUGCGACAAACAAAGUUUGUCAGUACCAAAAGGUUUUGACUGCAAUUAUGUAUUUCUGCAUAUGUUCAACAGCUGUUGGAAUAAUAAUAGAGAUCACUGCAUUAUACCCAUCUCCAAGACGUCCUUAUCAUACGUUAAUUGAUAAUCUUCUGGUUCUUCUGAUUGGAGGGAUUCCCAUAGCCAUGCAUAGAGUACUCUCAAUGGCAAUGACAAUUGGCUCCCGUCGCUUGUCUGAGAAGGGAGCUAUCACCCACAGAAUGGGGGCAAUCGAAAAUUUGGCAGGAAUGGAUGUGCUCUGCAGUGACAAGACAGGAAUUUUAACUGUGAACGAACUAGCUUCUGAAGAAAGUAUCAUGCAGGAUUCAUUUUUGGCGGGUGCAGUAUCAGUGCAUCAUCUUAUUCUAGCAGCAUCCCGUGCAUACAGGCUUGGAAACCCAGACGAUGUAGACAAAUCUAUAAAUGAAUUGCUAAACGAAGAAGAGAAGCAUGCACGCUCUCUCCUUCGAGAAGCUCAUUUCCAGCCAUUUAAUCCAACGGAUGAGCGUACAGCUCUGACUUAUAUUGAUGGUAGAACAAAUACGAUGCGCCGAGUCAGCAAAGGUGCACCAGAAAAGAUUCUGGAUCUGUUAGACGACAAGUCUAACAUAGAGCAGAGUGUCCAUCUUAAGAUAAAUGAGUAUGCAGAGAAAGGUUUACAAGCACUUGCUGUAGCAUAUCAGGAAGUCCCAGAUGGAAUCUCUGGAGGUCCAUGGGUAUUCCUAGGUCUCUUGCCUAUUCGCGAUCGUCCUCUAGAGGACAGUGUCAGUUCAAUAGAAAAUGCCCGAAACCUUGGUGUAAAUGUCAAAAUGAUCACAGGUGAUCCAUUAAAUAUUGCUAAGCACACAGCAGAUAGCCUGGGAUGGAGGACUGACAUACAUCCCUCAUCUUCUUUGUUGGGCCGUAACGAGGAUGACAUAAUCACGGCCGUGGAUAUGAUACAAAAAGCUGAAGUUUUUGCUGGUGUCUCUCCAGAGUAUAAAUAUGAGAUCGUAAAGCGUUUGCGAGCUAAGAAACGUAUAUGUGGAGUUACCGGUAAAGGAGUAAAUGAUGUUCCUGCACUAUACAAAGCUGACGUUGGAAUAGCCGUUCCUGAUGCCACUGAUGCAGCUCGUAGUGCUUCUGACAUUGUCUUGAAAGAACCGGGUCUUAGUGUUAUUAUCAGAGCAGUGAAGACCAGUAGAAAAGUCUUUCAUAGGAUGAGAAGUUACACAAUUUAUGUGGUUUCUAUGACAACCUUUAAUCUGCUUGGUUUCAUGGUACUUGCUCUUGUAUGGAAAUUUAGUUUUCCACCUUUCAUGCUGCUACUCAUUGCCAUCACGAAUCAUGUGCUUGUAACCAGAAUGUCAAGGGACAAUGUGAAGCCAUCUCCUCGACCAGAUAAGUGGAGACUGUCAGAACUUUUCGUGGUGGGUGUUGUUCUAGGCUGCUACUUGGCAUCAAUGACGGUCUUAUUUUUCUGGACAGCGUCUAGAACAAACUUCUUUGAGACUUGUUUCAAGGUUUCAAGUUUAAAAGGUACAGGCCAGGAUAAUUUAGGAAAACUUUCAUCAGCAAUAUACCUGCAAAUAAGCAUUAUCAGCCAAGCUCUGGCAUUUGUGACUCGGUCACAUGGUUGGUCUUUCAUUAAGCCUCCUGGUUCAUUGACAGUAACGUUUUGUGCUUGUCAGCUGAUGGCAACGUUGUUUGCAGUCUUCGCUAACUGGAGCUUUGCAACAGUUCAGGGGAUGGGAUGGGGUUGGGCAAUUGUCGUUUGGGUCUACAGUAUAGUCACAUUUAUACUCCUGGGCAUCGUUAGAAUCGUAACCUGUUGUAUCCUGACUGCGUUGGAAAAUCGAAUCAAGAUGGUUCAUUCUAUGAAGAUGUAUUUACGAAGUGUGCCAUUGGAGAAGCACCUCAAUUUGGAAAAUAGAGGAAUAGUAAAUAGCCGAGGGGAUCUUCCAUUGUACCGUCGUGAUCGUCCUCAUUUGGAAUAAAUCAAUUUGAUUUCUACAUGAUUUUUUAUUUUUUUUUUGCAAAAAUGGUGCCCUUCAGGCAGAAGAGGGGUGGAGCAGACAAUGGCAUGAACUAAUGAUACUGUACAUAUCAAGGUAGAAAAAAGUAUGUAUGGUGAUAGUGAUGUACUGUGAUGAGGCUUUUAAACAUGUUUUGGGAGUCAAUUUCUGGAUCAUUGAUGCCAAUAUGGAAGAAUGUAAUUAUUUCUAGUCAU